AUGAAGUGUCUCCAGCAUCUUGCGUGGGCACGGAGCGACAGAUCUUCCAAUGAUUUCCGAUCCGACUUUGUUACCAUUCCUACAUUACCAAUGCUAGCUGCUAUAAGCGCUACAACGCUAGGUGAUGGCGAUAUGGAUGAGGACGAAACAACGAACUCGUUCCAGGAAUACGUUGCUGGCCUCGUGGGCCAUGAGGCAUCUCUUCUGGUCAUGUCAGGGACCAUGGGAAAUCAAGUGGCUCUCCGGUCUGCUCUCACCAGCCCGCCUCAUUCAAUUUUGGCCGAUCAUCGUGGGCACAUUAUCAUUCUAGAAGGCGGGGGGCCUUCAAGUGUCUGUGGCGCCAUGAUCAAGCAAGUCGUUCCAUCCAACGGCCAUCAUCUCACUUUGGCCGAUGUCAAGAAACACGCCACCAUCACCGAAAGCGUAUACGACUGUCCUACUCGGGUAAUAAGCUUAGAAAAUACUCUUUGGGGGACGAUAUUCCCUCUGUCUGAUAUUCGUGCCAUCUCGAAAUGGGCUCGUGCUCAGACGCCUCCUAUUCAUAUGCAUUUAGACGGCGCUCGAGUGUGGGAAGCAGUCGCUGCUGGAGCCUGCACACUGCGUGACAUGGGAGAGUGUUUCGAUAGUAUCCAGAUGUGCUUUACAAAAGGACUCGGUGCUCCACUUGGCAGCAUUGUCACCGGGAGUUCUGCAUUCAUCAAACGUGCAAAGUGGGGUCGCAAGCUUCUGGGUGGUAGCACUCGGAGUUCUGGUGUGAUUGCUGCGCCAGCAAGAGUAGCAAUAGAAACAGUAUUUCUUGGUGGUUUGUUGAGAUCCGCACAAGAAAAGGCCAGAUAUGCUUCGUCUGUUUGGGAAGAGCACGGCGGAAAGCUUCAAUUACCCACAGAAACAAACAUAAUCUGGUUCGAUCUUGAAGCCUCUGGUCUGAGAGAUGAGGAUUUCUACCCUAUGUCAAGUCAAUUCGGACUGAAGAUAGGAGCACCAUUGUAUGGGCGUAUCUGCUUCCACUAUCAGAUUAGCGAGCAAGCUUUCGAAAGACUCUGUGAGUUCUUCAAGGCUGUACUCAAGAAGACGAACUCCCCUGAGUCAUGA